AACAAAAAAAAAAAUAACAAUAUUAUCAGCAAACAAGUGUGUCAUACUUGAAUAAUGUCCAGUUUAUAUCACAUUUUUUUCAUCCAUGUUAUACGUUUUUUAAUUCUGUUAGAAAAAAAUUAUUUAAUAAAAUAUAAAAUUGUAUUUUAACAAUUAGCUAAUGAUGAAUCCAGGGCAAUCAAUAACACCACGAUUAAUGGAUUCAUUCUGGACAUUUUAUAACAAUACAAUUUGGAACAAAAUAAUUAAAGAAAAACAAGUAAAAAAGCCACAAAAAAAUGGCAAUUAUACUAAACGUCUUGAAAGGUUCUGGAAAAAGCAGUCAUCAAAUUUAUACACUUUUAAAAUAAAUAAAAAAAUUGAAAAUAAAGAUUAUAAAAAUAAUUGGACAUUCAGAACUUAUCAAUCAUCGUCAUCUGGCUUUGAAUUUUUUCGUGCAAUAUUAAUGACAUUUUGGUAUCCAAUUGUCGUAAUUGGAAUUGGUCAAUUUAUUGAUAUUGUUAUUUUACAAUUACUUGUACCAGAAUUACAAUUAAUUUUAAUUCAAAAUUAUUGUAGAUUUGAAAAAGAUAGUAGUUAUGAAACUAGCCUUGUAACAGCUUUUAUUUUUAUUAUAUUUUUAAUGUUAUCAUUAAAUAGAUAUAUUUAUUAUGAGAGUCAAUCAAUUGGUGUUAAAAUAACAAGUGCAUGUAUAUCAUUGAUUAGAAAAAAAAUAAUAAAACUUAAUUUAUCAAUUCUUGGAAGCAAAACUCAACGACAAGUCAAAGAAAUUUUCGAUAAUCAUAUUGAUAAUUAUGGUGAAUUUAUAUUGAAUUUUAAUCAUCUUUGGAUUAUUCCAAUUCAGCAUCAGGAAACUUGUAUAAUAAUUGGAGGACAAAAUUCUGGUAAAACAAAUUUAAUUUAUCUUCUUCUUCGUGAAAUUCCAUGUGGUGUUAAAAAAUUAUUUAAUCAUGAAAAUCAAAUGAUUCUUGGAAAAACAUUGAGCUUAAAUAAUUCAUCAAUUUCUUAUGCGAGUCAAGAGCCCUGGAUAUUUACCGGAAAUAUAAUGGAUAAUAUUUUAUAUCAAGAAAAAUUUGAUCCAAAUAGAUACCUCGAGGUUCUUCGUGUUUGUGCUUUGACUAAAGACAUUGCACAAUUACCAGAAGGUGACAAAACAUUAAUACAAAAAGAUAACAACAUUUUGACAUAUCAACAAAGAGUUAAAAUUAAUUUAGCACGUGCAGUUUAUAAAAAAGUUGAUGUAUACUUACUUGAUGAUCCUUUGACAUCGCUGGAUCCUCCGUGGAAGUGA